UCUGUCAACGCGCAGUGCGAAUUCAUCGAUCAUACAACUCCAGCCCAACCCAAGCCCAGUCAACAUGAAAUUCUUGCUUCUGAGCGUGUUCCUUUGCCUGGCCGUGUGCUUCAUGGUCACCAGUGCUGCUCCCCGCGAGGAGGCCAUUCCUGAAGGUCUCGAAGGUCCUGGCAGCGAGUCCGUCAACCCCUCCGACGACCAGUCCUUCCUGCUCAAGCUGAAGCUGCUCAAGAAGCUCCUGUUCCUGGGUUAGGAAUCAGACAUACUAUUCAUGGAAUUUUAGCUUAACUAUGUGUUUAGGUCUUAAGAACAAAAAAAGGCAAAUCAAAUAAAAAAUGCAUUUGGUAACAAAA